CAUGUCCGUCCCUCGUGGACAUUUAAAAAUUAAAGAACAGAAAUUUCUCUUUCCAACUUAUUCAGUUGUGUGUCAGUGGUACUGUAAGCUCUGUAACUGCAUCAUAGUUAAUUAAAUAAGGAACCGGAGAUGAUUAAAGUUUGAGUGGACUUUAAAUAUACAGGACUUUAUACUGUAUGUGAUCUGACCUACCCCUCCAGUCUGGCAUGAGCAUCUCCAGUGAGGAAACCCUGUUGAAUUUAAUUGACAGUGGGAGUGGCCUGAAGGUGUGGUCAGUCACACCCUGCCUGAUCAGUCUGGGUAGUGGCUUUAUUACUUUGAUACCUCUGACUAAAGAAUUAUCACAAAUUGGCUCUGAGGAUGCAGAGUUGCCACAGGAUGUCACCGCUGAUGGUCCAGGAAUCGAAUCGCACCACUGUGUCAUCAUCACCAACAGUGCUGGGGUUAUUACUUUACACCCCAAUGGAAAUAUGUGCUGUCUUGAUGGAGUUCCAGUCACCGAGCCUACAAAGCUCACUCAUGGGUGUACUCUUUGUCUGGGUAAAUCUUUUUUCCAUUUCAACCACCCAGAAGAGGCGAAUCACAUGAAGAACAUGCUGCCAGAAAAGACAGCAGGACCCGCACUGUCCCUCAGUACGGACACAACAAAGUUUCAUUCCAAUGGCGGCACAUUGGUUGGAUCCAGUGUUCGUGGCACACGCUCCAAAGCAGAGCUUCAGGAGUUGAUGGAGAGCUUGCAGCGCAGGAAGUCCGCUCUAGAGGCCAGCUUAAAGGCUACUGCAGACCGCGGUUACCUCACUUUGUCCCCACCUCCCAGUCCCCAAUCGGCUUCUUCCUAUUUACAGGACCGUCCACCACUUUCUAUACGAGUCCCCUCCCCUUACACACCCUCCAGCAGCCUGAGCAUGCCACCAUCACCCCACCAAUCAGAGCGCCCUAUAAGUCCUGUCCCGAGCCAAACCCGUGCCCGACACCAAUCACAGGACAACCUGUUGUUUUGCCACCCUUCGGAAGGGCGACAUCCCAACACUGCCAGCUCACUCCUUUCUAUGUGGAAUGGCUCUUCUUCCUCCUACGUGACCGAUGCUCUUCCUUCAUCUCGCCGAGGUCCAAGUGGGGCAGCCAGCAUGCCCUCCAGCCCUCGCUUGGGGCGCAGACUUCUAACACGAGAUGGGGAGUCCAGUGUUGAGCCAACGCUCCGCCAAAGGAAAUACUCCACCGGCUCCCUGAAUGGCCUGGGGGGACAUAGUCGCUCUCUGCCCAGGUUGUAUCGAGGAGACGCCCCAAUGCUUUCUUUGCCACCCCGACGUACCACCAAACCACGCCGCAGCCUUCCGUCCUUGGAAAAACCUCCAGAUGUGACCGUGAUAGCCAACAUGACCAGCAGUUCUCGCAGGGCCAGCCUUUGCUCUGUGGGAUCUGCUCCAUGUUUGGAUCUAGGAGUAGGAGAAAGGCGGCUGUCAUUUGGUAAAGGAGGCCUGGGGCCUGGCAUGGGGCCGAGAAGGGGCAGUAUCAGUUCUCUCAGUGGAAAAGAAGAGCUCAGAGAUUAUCAUCAGAGACAAAGAGAUGAGAGACUUCGAGAACAGGAAGUGGAAAGACUGGAGCGCCAGCGUCUUGAGACCAUCCUGUCCCUGUGCUCUGAGCUGGGCCGGUCUGAUCUGUGCCGGAUGGAGACUGAUUCGGGCGUCUCAGCUGUGUCGGACCUGCAGAAGAUCAACCGAGAACUGGAGAAGCUGCAGGUGUCUGAUGAUGAAUCUGUGUUCUCAGACUCUGCAGCAGUGUCUCUGGAUAGCGGGUAUCUGGGUAAGGGUCGGACAGAGAUCCUCACCCAGAGACAGCGCAGACUGAGCGGACACAGGGAGACCAGGCCCCAGUCACCCACCACUAGCCUACGGAGCUCAGCCCCCUCACCCUCUCCACACCUCCGCAGCAAGCAGGUGUCUGAAGACAGGCAGCUGAGGCAGGAAGUGACACGUAUAGAAGAGGAGAGGAUUCAGGUGCUUAACAACAUCGAGGAACUUGAACAGAAGAUCAGAGAUCUAGACACACAGAUGGACGAGUCUAUCAGAGAGAUGGAGGUGGAGAGAGCUCUUUUAGACGGUGAGCAGGAGGCAGAGGUCACUCAGCUACAGAGCGAUAAACAAAUGCUGGAGCAGCUCAACGCAAAAAUGGGGAACAUGGAGAAAAAUGUUCAAAGAAAUCAAACUCAGGGCAAAGCCCUGUUGGAGGCUGAGAGAGUUAAAGUAGAGAGGCUAGCUGAGCUGAUCUCAGAGCAGAAGACCCAGCUGGACACCUGUCCUGAAGCACUGAAGGAGCAGCUCCAGAAUCAGCUAUCCAGGCUCUGGAAAUACCAUUUGUUCUUAUUGGACACUGAAGCUUUGGAAGCGGAAACAAAGCGUUUUGAAGAUUUGGAGUUUCAGCAGCUGGAAAAAGAGAGCCGUCAAGAUGAAGAGAAAGAGACGCAGACGCAGCAACUCCUUAGAGAGAUCGCUGAAUAUCAGAGAUCUGUUGUCACUCGUAAGGAGAGGCUACUUACCCUAAAGAAGCAGUCGACCCAGAUUACCCAGCAGGCACAGCGGGAAAAGGAGAACUUCUUGAAAGAGAAGAGCAACCUCAUUUAUAUGCUGCAAAGGGAACGGGAGAACCUUUCAUCUCUGGAGAGGAAGUACUGUGAGCUGACAGGUGGUCAGGCUUUUCCUCUUAACCCUGUGUCCAUGAAGGAGCACUUUCGCUCUCUGGAGGAGAGGAGGCGGAGCAAUGGCAGUAAAGAGAGCGGAGUUCUCCUGAGUGACAACGGAAUGUCUCGUAAAAGAGAGAGGCAGAGCUCUGGAAACUUAAACUCUGCCCUUAAUCGCAGUCUGUCUCCCAAGGUCAGACAACAGAUACGGCACAUUGGAAAACCCCAUAUGCCACUGUCUCAAAGCUCUAGCUGCGGUAGUGUACUCCCCCGCACCCUGUCUGUCACCUCCCGUGACCUGGACACUCGCCGUCUGCUCAAGGCAGGUCAACUGUAUCUGAAUGACGAGAGGCAGAGAAUGAGUGAGAUGUCCAAUAGGACGGUUUCUGAGACAAACGUCUUCCUGGAGCCAUUCCACUACCUGGAUAACGGACACAACUUUGACACAAUGAGUGUGGACAGUACAGAAAGCCUGGAGACCAGCAUUUCCGCCUGUUCACCGGACAACAUCUCAAGCGCCAGCACGGCUAACAUGGCGAAGAUAGAGGAGAUGGAGCGCAUGCUAAGAGAAGCUCAUGCUGAGAAGAACAGACUGCUGGAGCACAGGGAGCGGGAGAUGGAGUUGCGCAGACAGGCUCUUGAAGACGAGAGGAGAAGGAGGGAGGACUUGGAGAGGAGGCUGCAGGAAGAGACAAACCGCCGACAAAAACUAGUGGAGAGAGAGUCUCGUCCGUUGACACGUUAUCUCCCGGUGAGGAAGGAUGACUUUGACCUGAGAGGUCACAUCGAGGCAGCAGGUCAUCAUCCUGAAACUUGUUUUCACCUAGCCAUCACCGAGAAGACCUGCAGGGGGUUCUUGGUCAAAAUGGGUGGAAAAAUCAAAACAUGGAAGAAGCGCUGGUUCGUCUUUGACCGCAAUCGAAGGACGCUGGCAUAUUAUGCUGAUAAACAUGAGACCAAAAUGAAGGGUGUUAUCUACUUCCAAGCCAUUGAGGAAGUGUAUUACGACCACCUAAAGAACGCACACAAGAGCCCAAACCCCUCCCUGACAUUUAGUGUAAAGACACAUGACCGGGUUUAUUACAUGGUGGCUCCUACCCCUGAAGCCAUGAGAAUCUGGAUGGAUGUUAUCGUCACUGGAGCGGAGGGAUAUACACACUUCCUGGUGUGAGCAGGGCUCAUCUUUAUUUAACCACAUUUAACAAGCCUAAAGUGACCUACACAGUUCAGCUCGGCCUGCUGAAAGGGUCCGGGUAAAGGGCACAUUUUCCAUGUUCACCUUUCAGAAGAGGUUACACUUUUAUGAUUCUCUUUUAUCAGUACUGAUCAUGAAGAGAGCGUCGACUGUGCAUUUUGCAGUCAUCCAUGACCUAGUUUGGAAAAACUGGUGCUUUACCCACUGCGUCCUGUUUUGAGUUUACAGAGGCAGCUUUUGGACUUCAAAGGUACCAACUCUUGAAUUUUUCACCCCAUUUUGUUCUGGGGUGAGACUGUACAGCACUGUAAAAUAAGAAAUCACUCACUGGUUUUCACAUUUCACAAACGUGCCAACUCGUAAUGAAGCUUUGACGUGGAUAUACCUCAAAGAAAUAACUGGUCGUGCUUGUUAAAAACGAGACACCAAAGUCAAAGUGUUCCUGGUGUGCCAUACAGACUCUAACAAACGUCAGGGUAUUGUUCAGUACUGUUUUUAUAUCUAACAGUACUGAAUAUGAAUUUAGAAAUGUUAUUUCAAAUGACAUUUGAAAGUUGUUUCAUUAAUUGACCUUUGUAACUCUAUACAAUUUAUAUUAUUUCCUCUUCUACCAAGUGCCUUGCAUUUGUCAAUAUCUGAUGAGAAUAGCUAUAUAUUUAGCUACAAGACUUGUAGAAUGACAUAAACAGACUGUGUUAAUUAUAAGUGUUUUUUUUUUUUUGUACUGACCUAUAGAGUCCUGCAGUAAUGACGUAUUUUGUAGGCCAACCCGGAAGUUAGCAUCAACCCAGUUCCUUUGACAAAAACCCAAUAGGAUUUUUUUCAUUGGCUUCUGGAUUAUUGCAGAAAAUAAGGUUUGUGACUAACAAAAUGUUUAUGAUUCUUACACGUUACGUGAACUCUUUCAGUCUUUGUUUGAAAACAUUUUCCCUAAAAGUUUGAGUUAUAAUAGUUUGCAAGAGCAUGAUUAUAAACACAAUGAGGCUGUGAAAGCGGAUUAGUGUGUAGAUGAGUUCUCCUGUUCGGCUGAUGACGUUUAAUGUCCCAGAAAACCUCUGUAGUCCCAUUUAGCUGCUUGUUUGCAACCGCCUUUUAUGAGACAUGUAAAAGCUUUAAAAACAUCACCAGUAUAACUGAUGUAUUUUAUGUCAUAUAAAACGUGAAUAUAUUUUGUGCAUUUGUUCACCACAGACCUUAUUUCAGCCAUUUAAAGGAAUAUUACACCCAAAAAUGAAAAUUAUCCCAUGAUUAAUUUAUAAAUGGUAUUGAAUAGAGCCCGGUAUAAUUUUCAUUUUUGGGUGAACUGUUCCUUUAAACAAAAACCCAACUCAAAAACCACACUGACUUCGUAACAAUGGAACCGGAAUUGCUAAAAUGCUAACCCAUUUCUGGGUUUUGGCCUACAAAAAAAUACGUCAUCCCUGCAGGACUCCUAUUGUGCCUCCCUGAUGCUCAGGAACAUUCCAGAAGGAAGAAUUUAGCACCAAAGACAAGCUGAAUUUGUAUUUCAGCAUGAUAUGAAUGUAAUAACGUAUACCCAUCAGAUAAGAUUGAAAGGGGUUUAUUUAAUAGAUAAGGCUUUUAAAUAAUUUAGCACAAAAGUUUAUUUUCAUAAUCUUUUUGAUUGAAUUAAUUGAUUUCUUGAUGUCAUUGUGUUUUACCGUAACUGACCCGCAGAUGGUUUUGCUUACAGUGAUAUUGAAAUGAUUGCAAAAUUUAUUCACUGCAAGAAUCUCAUUUGACCCCUAAGUUGAAAAUUGAGACUUUCGUUUUGUUACCGCUGAACAAAUCUAUAUGCAUGUCUGAAUUUAUGAUUGUGUAUCUGAUAUUAUUUUUUUAUGUAGGAAUCAGUAUAAUUUCAUUUAGAGUAAUAGCAAUACAGAAAUUAUAGGAAUAUUGGUGUCAAGAAGAAAUGCCAAGGUUGAUGUAUUAGGAAAAAAUGAAGACACAGGUGCUGUCUGAAAGAAAAACAUCUAGUUCAGUGGUUCUCAGGUGGUUUUGUUUCAUAAACCAGAUUUUCAUACAUGUAGCCUUAGACAUUAAUGACAAAAGAUAUGGGAAGUGUUUUUCUUCCUUUUUAAAAGUUGAUUUGUUUAACCAUCCAAAUGAUGUGCAAUUAUAAAAGUAGCAUUUUAUUUGCGUUGUUUUUUUUCCCCAUGCCAUCAUCCCAGUUAAGAACCACUGAUCUUUGAACACCAAACUGUCUUAUCAUUUUUGCAAUCAUGUCUGUCAUUCAGCCUCAUUUAAACCACAGGGCAUCUUUUCUGGCACAUUUUCACCAACAGUUCAGGCCAUUAAAAAUGAAUUGUAGUUUGCCAGCCAAAAGAUCAAUGUUGAUGUGCACUUUGAGACUGAACAGCAUUUCAGAAGGGCUUUUUCCGCUUUCACUCAGUAGACAAUACAGUACAUUACUGCAUAAGCACAACAAAGCGUUAUAUAGAUCACAAUAACAAAAGUACUUAUUUAAAAUGUAUCAUGAUACUUUUAUAUUAAGCUUUUAUCAGUAUUUUUUAAACCAUUCAGUGUUUUUUAGAUAAAAGCAAUAUUUUUACUGUAAGCAUGUUUUCUUUAGCUCAUUUAAAAUGUGAACCAUAAUAAAAUCAUGUACGAGUAAAUGUUU